AUGUUCAGCAGCCUUUCUAGCACCCUCGCAGCAGCAGCAAGCGCUAGCGGGGCCAAGGGAGACGCCAAGAAGUCCAUCUCCCCAACACUUCGUGCAGAUAUCUAUAGCGCCGUUGAUCAGGCAAAGCCCUGGCUCAUUGGGGGUACUGUGGGCAGGCAAGCCGGCGAUGGCGUCGCCUAUCAACCUAUUAUUGCCAGAAUCCACGAGCACUUCCCUGAUUUGAAAGUGGGAUUAGAUGCAGCACGAAACAUAGAGCAUGAAGUGGCUGUUAUCGUCGCUGGCAUCACGAACAUGACCCUCGAGAUGAGCAAGUGGGAGGGGAUGGCGGGAGCUAUGGCUAUGCGCACGUGGGUUGACGCACUUGGUGAUGCACACGGCAAGAUAAGCAACGCGUCUACCGGAGCAAAGGGCGGUUCUCGGAAGGACCAAGUUGGACGGGGAAUUACCAGGGGCAUCAAUCAGUUGACCGACGUUACCCUGAUGACAAGAGAAUUUGCGGCGAGAAUACAGAUCAUCUCGCUGUUAAAGAGCGUAAACACGAAGAUCCAUGGCGCAGGCAGUGAUGAAGCGAGACAGGGAGAAGCGCUGUGGAGCUCAAAGUUCAUUUGA